AUGACUCGCUUAAAGCAAGUUGAAUCACGACAUUCAAAACCGCUGCCAACAAUAAAGACAACCUUGGACAGUCUUUCAAAGAAACAUGCUGGUAGUUUACUCAUUCAUUGGUUAGAAGAAUUGGAUAUACCAGUCUAUUGGCAUCAAAUACUAUUAGAUACAGUCGUGCACAAAUUAUUCGAGACAUUUAAAUUACAUCAGUUGACAGAACAAACUAACCCGAUAUAUAUCCAAUUCAUCUCAUCCAAUUCACCAAAGGAUUCCAAGUUUCUAAAGAACGUCUAUCAUGACGAUCUGUCAUUUUAUUUUCCUGUGGGAGGCACAAUACGCUUUUAUGGUGUGAAAGAGAAUAUGGCUGUUGCUUUUAGAGAGAUAACAAGAUCAUUACUGUAUUUGACAUACUGUCUGUAUUUAGAAACGGAGUUUAUGCUAGAUAGCCAUGUACUAUUGAUCUACAAUGAUCCAGUUGAACAGACAACGGAGAGUGAUCAAUAUCACAAACACAUCUCAAUUUUCAAUUGGGUAAAGAAUUUCAGAGGGUCUGGCACAGCAGUAGGACAAGAGCUUAAGAGACGCUUUUCAUUGGAUAAAGGCUCAAAAGACACAACAUGUAUAAACAAUAGCAACCAGUUUGUAAGGCUGAAGGAAGGCGUUGAUCAUGCUCUCAUUUCAACCUCUCCAGGUUGCAAAUUCCCAUGCCCACGUAUCCUUGAUCGACUUGUACGAGAACAAGAGGAAUUGACAAAUAAAAUCAAGAUGAGCAAAAGAAUGCUUCAGAACACGCGUAGACGGUCGUCACUUUUGUCUCUGUGGAGAUCUGAACCAUCUGAAGUAGCCGUGGUGCCUGACAUCGGCCUGGAUCAUCUUUCAUUGGACACAACUUCAUUGACCAGCUUCAAGCAGCAUCAAAAAUUGGUGGUUACCUUUAGCUGCUCUUCUGGUGACGAUCAUCUCUGCAUGGGACCCGUACUUUAUCAAUUCAAUUAUUUUAGUACACAGUCAGACCAUACACUCGACCACAUUCUAUCUGAGUGGCACGCAAAGCGAGACACAUUGUGCCACGAGUGCAAGCAAAUUCCGUUUAGAGACCAUAAGUGCUCAUUUGCACACGAUAAUGGCAAUGUAACCGUAUGCUUUCAAAGUGACCAGCCGCAAAAUAAAGAUCGAUGGACGAGCUGGACUUUUUGUCCAUCGUGUAAGAGAGGACAAGAACCCACAGAGUUAUCCCACGAAGCCUUGAUGCUUUCUUUUGCUAAAUUCCUGGAGCUUUUAUUUUAUGACACUCGAUUGAUCUGCGCCUGUCAAGCAAAGCCUUACCGUUAUUUUCACAUGAACGGCCUGACGAUCCAAUUUGGCUAUCAGCCAGGAUAUUAUUAUGAACUGAGAUUGCCAGGGUUGCAAAUGAUGUCCGUGGCCCGCGUCACACAAUAUGAUAUGGAUGAGCCUAGACUCAGAGUGGCGACCUUGAACAGCUGGAAACGUGAACUGGCAACACACGACGUCGGUGUCUUUUUUGAAUCUAUUCUGACCCAUCUUAACUUGCUCAGCCACUAUAUUCAAGCUGAACAUAGACGAAGGCAACGUGAUGCAAUGCAAUUGGCGUCGGAUAGCUUGGAGCAGGACAUUCAGACUUUGCAAAAGCAAAUUGAAAGGGAUGAACAGGAUAUGCUGGGGAUACUCAGAGAAACCAAGGUGAACGAAUUGAAUGAUUUUCGUCGAUAUUUCGGUGUACAGUCCCAGCUUAUUCUUGAAAAUCUAGCUCAAUGGCAAAAGGAAAAGUGUAAGGAAGUGAUUGACGAUUGUGGAUGGGAUAAGCCUGACUAUAUAAGAGAUGCAUCGGUACAUAGUUUUCCUGGGUCUGCAGUUCUCGUAAGAGAAGAUGAGCCAACAUCUGUCAUUGCAUACACAUUAAGUUCAAACGAAUACGUUCAAGAGCUUAUGCAAGAAGGACAGUCAUCAAAUAAAUCCGGUAUGGUUACUCCAAACGUAGCAUUUCUCUCAACCCCAGGAGCACAAUUACCUGUGACAGGCAAAAACAGCCAAGUUCUUGACAGGUACUGCUCUUCUAUUGAGCGCAAAUAUGUGUCACCCACAGCAAGCACAGAGACAUCCUCGUUUCGCACGAUGAUAAUUGAAAUUUGUAAAUCAAACGUGAGUGAAGAGCGAUUGGAAGACUUGAAGAAUAUUCUACCAUGGACAAGAAAAGUGACAGAAAAAUCAUCAACAGAUGAACAAACCAAGGAGUUGAUGGCGACAUCUGCCGUUGGUAACCAAAAAGGUCAUAGUGGUAGUCUCCAUAUUCAGCACAAAUUUGUGCACAAUGACGUUGAAUUCACAUGUAUUGUUUAUUAUGCGAGCGAAUUCGAAAUGCUUCGCCGACAGUGUGGUGUACAUCAAAUAAUGAUUGAAUCACUUUGUCGAUGCCAAUCAUGGGUAGCAAGCGGUGGUAAAAGUAAAAGUCAUUUUUACAAGACACAAGAUGAUCGAUUUGUAGUGAAGGAAAUGAUGAAUGUUUGGAACGUCUCGGAAAAGGAUGCUUUUUUGAAAUUCGCGCCCAAGUAUUUUAAUCAUAUGAAGAAGUCAAGACAGAGUGCUUUAGCAAAGAUAUUUGGAUUCUUUACCAUUGAGAUCAAGAAGAAGGAAAGUUCACUAUACCUUGACGUGUUGGUGAUGGAGCAUUUAUUCUAUAACCAACAUAUCACCAAAAAGUUUGAUUUCAAAGGUAUAGUAGAACGACAUGUGGGAGAAUACCAGAAAGAGCAAAAAGAUAUAACUUUGUGGGACGGAGAUUGGUUAAACGAGUAUAAAACAAAGCUACUUGUGCAAAAUAAAUCUCUGUUUGAUGAUACCAUAGCAAAUGAUGCUGAAUUCUUAUCUCAGUGUAACAUCAUGGACUAUUCACUUCUGGUUGGGGUAAAUGAAGAAAGGCGUGAGAUCAUGACUGGUAUAGUUGGUGCUUAUACUUGGUAUAAAAAGAUUGAAUCCAAAGGCAAAUCAACCAUCAAAAAGGUGGUAACUAUAGUUCCACCAGAAGAAUACAAGACAAGAUUUUGUAAAGAGAUCCUAAACAACUAUUUUGUACCUGUACAAGGAAAGUUCGAUAUGCCGGUUAAAACUUUAUUAUCAAAUAAAUUGGCGCCAUGCUAG